GUUUGUACGAGUGAUACAUCAAGCUGCAAGACGAUUCAUAAUUGCCAACCGCGCGAGACCUCGAUUCGCAAUUCUCAUCCCACCAAACACUGUCUGUUCAUUAGCACGUCGAGAUUUCAUCACCAUGAAUCGAGAACAAUUGUCCACCCUGGACGAAAGGGCCUUUGCAGAAAAGGUGCCGACAAUGCUCUGGUCGGAUCGAGAGACGCUUUUCGAGGAUGGAAGUGAAGACAUCGACAUUAUCAGAUCCCGCGCAGCAGAGCCUGCGACCGUCGAAGCCAUUUCGUCCGUCCUCACUUCUCUAAUCAGAGAUGAAGAUUACGAUACGCUGAGAGUGCAUCAGAAAGCAUUGUACUCUGUUCUUCUCAAGCUCCCCUUCGAAAAGCUCCAGCCUUAUCGACCAGCUUUGGCUGCACUCGCUGCAUUCGACAUCUCAGGCUUUACCCAUCGCUCAUCGCAUUAUGCCCAGACUUGUCAUGUCAUUCACAACGCCGGCCAUCUUGAGCGCUUCGCCGCAGAUGCCAAGGCGGUCUGGGUCACCAAGGACAAAUUCGACAUGGUCAGCGAUCGCACGCUUACAGAGCGUGUCCAUACGGCUGAAGAGAUGAGGCCAUAUAUGCCUGAGCUGUUUGGCUGGCUUGUUGACGCCAACAAUCCGCCAUUCAUGCCUUGUCGAAACCAACUUGCUCGAUUUCCUGAGACUGCUGCUGUUAUUGCAGCCGAAGUUCUGGCCAAGGCAAACAAAGAGAAGGAUGAACAGUACCAGCACUUCUUGAUCGACUUUGUGUCUGAUUGUGUGCCUGUUGGGGAGGCCUGGAAACCAAUGCGAGAACACGUUGAAGCGCUGGUGAAGGAUUUGAAGGGGAGCAAGAGUGAAGAUGAUGAGGAGCUGGUUGACGAGGCCAACGAAUGGCUGACGAAAUUGGAACAAUGGGAAGCUUUGAAGAAGGAAAAGAACUAGUUCUCAUGUUGAGUUUUACAAGCAAUUGUACAUUUUAUUGAUAUAUCGAAUAUCUACUCAAAGACGCCGUAAAGGAAAGCCUUCUGGCUCUCAAUGAGAUUACUUAUGCCUUCUUGAAAGAUAUUCAAG